AUGGUCAGCGUACACGCCUAUGAAAAGUCGGAGGAAGUGGCCCACAGCGUGGGAAAGUACAUUUUGGAGAAACAGAACGAGGCAUUGGCGAGGGGCGAGCGGUUCAACGUGGCUAUUAGUGGGGGUUCUCUCGUCAAAGUACUGUACAAAAGCUUAGUGGCGACACCUGAGAUUGCCGCGGAUGUCAAAUGGGCACAUUGGCAUGUUUAUUUCUGCGACGAGCGGAUUGUGGCGCUGGAAGACGAGGACAGCAACUACGGCGCGUUCAAGAAGCACGUGCUCGACCCGCUACUGGAGCACCAGGGCGCAUUGGGCCCCACCAUGUACACCAUCAACGAGUCGCUCGUGGGGCUUGGCGAAAAUGACCGCAUUGCGAACGAGUACGAGACGUUGCUACCCCCACAAUUCGACCUCAUCUUACUCGGCUGCGGGCCUGACGGCCACACCUGCUCGCUUUUCCCGGGGGAUGCGCAUCGCUAUCUGCUCGACGAGAAAGACAAGCGAGUUGCGUGGUGCCAUGAUUCUCCUAAACCUCCCUCCGACCGCAUAACAUUCACAUUGCCUGUUUUGCAGGCUGCACGUAAUCUGGGUUUUGUCGCAGAAGGUGCCUCGAAGCAGCCUAUCCUAAAGCGUAUCUUUGAAAAUCAAGACCUCACGCUUCCCUGCGCCCUCGUCAACCAUCUUUGCAGCACCAAAGUUGCCUGGUUCGUUGACUCCAGUGCCGUGCAAGGCAUAGAUGUGUCCACUAGCAAAUUUUGA